AUGUCUGCUACUCUGGAUCCUCUCGUCGAGUGUCGCCCGCACUUCCCUGCCCUCACGGGUGACUAUAUCUUUGCCGAUAGUGCUGGAGGUUCUCAGUGUCUGAAAGCCGCAGCAGACGAGGUCGCAGAUUACUUGAUCAACAGCAAUGUUCAGCAUGGCGCCGACUAUUCUGUCUCUGUCAAGGCGACGCAAAGGGUACAGAUGGGAGUCGAUGCGACAAGGAUUCUCAUGAACGCCGAAUCAUCUGAUGAGAUCGUGUUUGGCAGCAGUUCGACUCAGCUGAUCGAGAACCUCGCCCGCGCUUAUACAGAUCUUGAGUCGGACGAUGAGAUAGUCGUCUCGCUCACCGAUCAUGAAGCCAAUACUGGUCCCUGGACUCGUUUGGCAGCCCGGUACAACCUCAAGUUUCACAUCUGGACACCAAAGCCGCUCAAUCCAUCUAACCCAUUCUCAGUCUCGUUGACUCUGGACGGGCUCAUCCCACUGUUGUCGUCCAAGACUCGUAUCGUCGCUUUUACAGCAUGCUCGAACAUCCUUGGAGAGUUGACCGAUGUGAAAGGCUUCGUUAAGGCGAUCAGGGAAAAGACGCGGGGCGGAAAGGGUGAACGCAGACAGGCCAGGGGUGCUGAAGUCUGUGUCGAUUGCGUUGCGUAUGCGCCACAUAGACGUAUCGACGUACAGGACUGGGAUGUUGAUUAUUGCGUAUUCUCCUACUACAAGGUGUAUGGUCCUCAUGCCUCAGCUCUUUACGCUCGACUGUCGUCGCUUGCCACGCUGUCUUCUCUUGCGCACUUCUUUUUCACUCCCGCACCGGCAAAGGCGAUGAAGUUGCAGCCCGGAGGUGCCGGCUACGAAUUGACAUACGGCACUAGUAUGGUGCUCCCAUACAUUCGCUCGCUUGGUGGACCCAACGGCGACCUUGAUGUUGCGUUCAAACGAAUGGCAGGACAGGAAGGACUGCUCGUCACUAAGCUGAUCGGCUAUCUUACUUCGGACGCAAGCUACAAGAAGGGUGUUCGCAUUGUUGGGUAUGAAGGUAUCGAUAGCCUCAAGAGGGCUCCAACAAUCAGCUUCAUCGUUGUUGGCGAUGAUGGCUUAACAAAGAAAGUGCAGAGCAAGGAUAUUGUGGCUACCUUCGACAAGAAAGGAAACAUGGGUAUUCGUUGGGGGCAUUUCUACGCAUACAGACUUUGCAGCGCACUGAUGGGAGAGAGCUCCGCUGUAGACGGAGUUGUUCGCGUCUCUUUCGUGCAUUACAACACCACCAAGGAAGUCGAUCGUCUCAUUGCCGUUUUUGAGGAGAUAUUAGCUUGA